GAUUAGGCUACUUUGAGAUGCCUUGAGUGACUGAAUGUUCAGAACAUGGAGAAACCCUGAAAGAAACUGUACAAUGCAAAGAAGCAGUGUGGCUGUUGUGGCCAUGACCUGAGGAGGAGACUUAGCUGGAGCCAUGAAGCCUGUGAGUCGUGGAGACAGAGACUUCCCCAGACAGAGCCAUGCGUCCGUCCGCUCCUCCCCGGGCUCCAUGGGCUCUGCCGGGGCCAGGGAAGACACGGAGGAACCGGAGGAGGACCGGGUCAGGAUCAAAAGCAAGCUUGUGUCUGCAUGGAACACUGUAAAAUAUGGUUGGUCUUUGAAGUCGAAACCCAGAUUCAAUAAGAAGUCUCCUGUUGUGCUUCUGGGUCAGACGUUCUCGCUGACUGAUGCUGGUGAGAGGGAAGCGUUCCGCCAGUGCUUUACUACCUUGUUGUGGAUGACCUACCGCACGGGCUUCCCUGUGCUGUCGGGCUCCACACUCAGCAGUGACUGUGGCUGGGGAUGCAUGCUGCGCAGCGCCCAGAUGCUCCUGGCACAGGCGCUGGUCCUUCACCUCAUUCCACCAGGAUGGACCUGGUCCGCCUCCCAGCACGGCACCCAAGACGACCUGGACGUGCGGGCGACUCGCCUCUUCUUCAGCGCGUACAGAGGCACGUCCGACUGCCCCCGGGCACGCCGCAAGAGCGUAGCCUGCAGCCUGCUCUCCAUCGGGGGCUGUGGGACCGAGGCCACCCACCGGCUCAUCGUGUCCUGGUUCGUCGACCACCCACAGAGCCCGUUUGGCCUGCACCGGAUGGUGGAGAUGGGCAAAGGCCUGGGCAAGCAGGCGGGCGACUGGUACGGUCCCGGCAUCGCCUCCCAUAUCAUUCGGAAGGCAGUGGCGGCAUCUGAGCUGUCUGAUGUUGUGGUCUAUGUGGCCCAGGACUGCACUGUGUACAAGGGGGACAUUGUGAAGUUGUGCGAGCGGCCCCGCUACGAGGGCCCCAGGGCCCGGCCCGCUCCCUGGAGGGCCCUCGUCCUCCUGGUGCCCGUACGGCUUGGCGGGGACGCGAUCAACCCGGCCUAUGUGGACUCUGUCAAAAGGCUGUUCAGGUUAGAAAGCUGUAUUGGAAUCAUUGGUGGCAGGCCCAAACACUCCCUCUAUUUCGUCGGAUUUCAAGAUGAGCACCUGCUGUACUUGGACCCACACUACAGCCAGUCCACAGUGGACAUCAGUCAGGAUGACUUCCCCCUUGAGUCGUUUCACUGUAAGUCAGCGCGGAAGAUGGCCUUCAGCCGUAUGGACCCUAGCUGUGCCGUGGGCUUCUACGCCAGGGGCCAGCGCGAGUUCGAGACACUGUGUCUGCAAGUCAGUGCGGCUCUGAACUCAGACAAAAACAAGUACCCCAUGUUCACAUUUGUGGAGGGCCACCAGGAGGAUGGAGAGAGUGACACGUCGUCCUCCUUCUUCUCCGAGUCCUCCUGCUCCAUCAGCAGAGGCAGGCCCAGCAAGGCAAGCCAGUCCAGCAGCGCAGAUGAGUUUGUCUUCUUAUGAACUUUGCAGACGUACACACACACACACACACACACACACACACACACACACACACACACACACACACACACACACACACACACACACACACACACACACAAACACAAACAUAAACACUGCCGCUUUGAACAGGACUGUUCAAAAAGUUGCGAGUCCGUUGUGAUAUGUGACUCUGUUGUGAUAUUAGAGCUCUCAGCCUGUUGUACACACACACACACACACACACACACACACACACACACACACACACACACACACACACACACACACACACACACACACACACACACACACUACGGUAAGCAUUUUCAGAGGACCGAUCACUUGUGACUGUUUUGAUAUGAGCUUGGGGACUGCUGCAGUAUGAAGAGGCUCUCCUGUGACUGCUUUCUACAGAACACUGACUGUGCUAAUCACCCUACUUCCUGUGGACAAAGAAUGUUUACGCUGUCUUACAACUGUCUAUGCUCAGCAUACCAUACACCGCUAUGAAUGUAGAACAUACAAAAAAAAACAAUGUUUUUGCACUGCAGCUAUGUACUACCAAGUCUGAAUUAACUGACAUGAGGAUGGUUGGUUCUUGUUGGAAUUGGGACCCGCUUCCAGAUUAUUUGCACUGGAACUACUACCAAGUAAAUACACUGACGUCGUAACAGGUUGUUUGGGACCUGUGUCCUUGUCUUCAUUUUUGAACUGUCUGUUUCACAAAUUAUCUUUUUAUAUGGUUCUGUUUUGUUAAAUAAGCUCCAUUUUAAUGGGGGGCACCUAUCUACAAGAAAAUAUUUAUGAGUCAAGUAUCUGUUAUCAACCUGAAACAUCAAAGCAUUGACAAACGGAACUUGGUGGCCAAUAACACUCGCACAAGGUCCUGUUUUCCUGUUUUCCUGUUUUGUUGUUUUCUCUGUGGACACGGUUUCUGUCUGCGCUCACUCAGUUGUUGGGAAGGGUGAGCCUGUUAAGCUGUGGUGGUCCUUAAGGCUAUAAUCAGCUUCGUCCAUAUGGCUCGCUCUUUUCUGUGUCUUCUUCAGUUAGCUAUACAGGGUCCUACUCAGACAAUCACUUUUGUUGUUACGUACCUACCAUACUCUAGCAAGUGGGAACUUUGUUAGUUAAAAGUCAUGGGGUUAUAGAAUAGCUUACACUUUCUUCAACGUUUUUUUUUUAAUCACAGACUAUCCCAAAGACAAAUACAGUAUAAUGAUGAUGAACACUAAGUUAAGGACUUCUGUUACACUGGUUAUUAUGAUAAUAGUAUGGUUAUGGAUUACACUAUAAUUAUUAUUUAUAUUGUGUUGUAUGUUUUUGGCAAAGAGCACUGUGUUUUAUUUCUUUAAAAUAAAUUAUAUAAUUUAACCUCAAGGUGAUGUGAUUUAGGGUUUCGUGGGAUAUUGAUGAAGGAACUGAAAUGGAUAUGUUUGUGCAAAAGUCAUUUUUUUCUUACAUUGAAUCAUAUGUGUGAUACUGAUUGUGUUUACUGUUGUUUAAAGAGAAUGCCAAAUAAAAACAAAUGUCAGACACUCUAA